CAAAGGAAUAGAUAAUGAGACAGAACUAAGUCAAAUAUGAUGAUGAUUACUGAAAAUCCUAUUCAUCAUGUAAAAGAGUUCUACCAGUCCCAAGGACUGAGAUCCCAGUCCUGACUGGACCAUCCUGAAUAUAAACACUGGACUAUAACCUACUGACUAAUUCUGAAAAAACUCUUUACAGCUACAAAGCUCAUCAUCUCUGCUAUGAAUCAGAAGCUCAAGAAUUGUACUCAUGUCUAACAAAGGAAGUUUCAAAUGAGUGACAGUGAAACAACGGCAAAGAAGAGCUGGCUAGCCUGGAAAAGGAGGAAGAAGCUCUGACAAGAGAUGCUGAGCAAGCAGCACGAGGACACCAGAAUGGGAAGCUGAACAAUGAGAGAGGAAGUGUGAAUACCCGAAAUGGGAAGUGGAGCGAAGAACCAAAGAAGCACAUGGGGAGCGAUGGAGCUGAAAGAGCAGGAAAGGCGUGGACAGAUUCCCCCAACCCACAGGUGCUCUCUCUCCCCAAGGGACACACAGCUGGGAUAAGUUAUGCCCUGCUUACAGAGGAGUAGACCAUAUUAAGGAAUUCAGUACCACUUUUGAAAGGCUCUGUGAAGUCCAUAAAGGUCCAGAGCAGAAGAACAACGCAAUGUUGAUUACUAAGCUCUCAGUGGGUGGACGCGUGGACUUUGAGGACUUUGUGGAGAUGAUGGGGCUGAAGCUGCAUGAGGAGACAUCCCACACGGUGGGGGUGCGUGAGCUCAAGAUUGCCUUCCAUGAGUUGGACAGGAAUGGGGUCGGGGAGAUCAGCAGCACAGAGCUGAAGGAUGCCCUCCUGGCCCUGCUGGGGAAGCAGGUCCCACUGCUGGAGGUGGAGGAGAUCCUGCGUGAUGUUGACCUCAAUGGGGACGGCCAUGUGGAUUUUGAUGGUGAGAGAUGCUCUGCAGCCCCCACCCAUUGACUCCAGGGACUCCACUCUCCCCACUGACUGCACUGGCCUUUGGGAACCUGCCUCCCACCCACUGAUGCCAGAGGCCCCCCACCUCCCUCCACACUGAGCCCUGGGGAUACCUUCUCUGCUCCCGCAGCAAAGACUCAUCCCUGCAGAGACCUCCCCCUUCUAUCCCUGCCAGGGCCGGCUCAAGACACCAGUGGAGGAAGCACA